AUGGCGUUGAUUUCAGGACUUGCAACGGCUGCUGUGGCCGCGGCCACAGGCAUGUACCUGGAUGCCAAAUACUCCAUUAGCAGCGAUGUAGCCCAAGUUGUCGGCGGUAAGAUGAUGCAGAAAUACGCUCUAGAGAUGGCCAAGAAGCACGGAGAAGAUGACUGGUCCUUCUAUCACGUUCUUCAUUGUUCGUACGACGACAAUCACCAUACCAACAAGGAGGCAUUUGUUUUUGAAGGACGAAGCUGGACAUAUCGCCAACUUCGAGAGGAAAUUGGACGCGUGGCCGAGGCUCUGCAACGUCUAGGAGUGAAGAAUCGAAGCGUCGUUGCCUUGUUCAUCAACAACUCUCCCGAAUUUCUUAUGGUCUGGUUCGCCUUGUACAAGAUCGGAGCCAUCCCUGCCCCGGUCAACACUGCGGUGACCGGAGAACAUAUCCGACAUUGUGUCAAGAUCAGCGAGGCAGAGUUGUUCAUCACCACGUACGAGUUAUGCGGGACUGCAGGAAAAGCCCUCGACAAUCCAGGCGUUGGGGAUUUGCGUCGGCUGCGUCAAGUGGUGGUUUAUGACUACAAUUCAUAUGCACCCAGCGCCGAGCUACCAUCAGAUAUUUUAUUGAUCAGACAAGACGACCUGCCGCCCACAACACCAGAGAUGGGAGACUUUCCCAAAUCCAAGAGACCAAAGAUUACUCCCACUGAUGCAUCGCAAUAUCUCUUCACGUCUGGCACUACUGGCAUGCCCAAAGCAUUGAAUUGGCCGGCAGGUUACUCUUUCCUAACCACGUUCUACAAGAGGUGGCCUGGGAUGCAAGCUAAAUAUCGACGUUUUUACAUCUGCUUACCCAUGUUCCAUGGAACGGCGACUUUUGCAGCACUCCCAGCGACUUUUGCAUCCUCCGGGACGGUGAUCCUGGCACGCAAGUUUUCUCGAAGUCAAUUCUGGUACGACAUCCGGACCUACAAGGCCAAUGCCAUCCUUUACAUUGGCGAAAUGUUUCGAUAUUUGGUACAAUCACCGCCGGAUUCACGGUACCCCAACGAAAAGGACCACGAUGUGGAUCUGGCGUUUGGCCUCGGACUGGCGCCGAAGGUGUGGCGUGGGGUUCGAGAGCGAUUUGGGAUUGAAUGGAUCGUCGAGUAUUACUCGGCCAGCGAGGCCACAGUGUCACUGAUCAAUUCGAAUAAGAAUGAUUUCGGAGUCGGCAAAGUGGCCCGGUGGGGACCAAUCAUGCAGAAUCGAUACCUGGGGCAAGACACUCUGUAUAUUGUGAAGACGGAUUUGGAGAGUGGAGAGCUGAUCCGGGAUCCCAAGACGGGUUUCUGCAUCAAAUGCAAAUAUGGAGAGAUUGGCGAGUCGAUAUGUCGUAUUCUCCCACCAAUUCAACGAAGACACGACUACGUUGGAGAGGGCGGCGUGGAGGCUACGCAGAAGAAGGUAUUGACGAAUGUCUUCCAAAAAGGAGAUGAGUUUUUCCGGAUAGGGGACGCUCUGAUGAUGGAUCACGAUGGAUUCAUCUCGUUCCACGACCGCCUUGGAGAUACAUACCGUGCCAAAGGUCACAACAUCUCAACCACAGAAGUCGAAGGCUGGUUGAGCAACCACGAACAGAUCACUAGUGUCAAUGUAUACGCCAUCGCCAUGAAUCGAUAUGGAUACGAUGGGCAAUUGGGCUGUGCCGCGAUUACAUUGGGAGACAACAGCUCUCCGAAUGAAGCGAGCGCUGUGGAACGCAACACCAUGGCUCAGUUGGAGAAAUGGCUUCUGGAAUCAAAAAGUGCACUUCCAUCGUACGCAGUACCCCGAUUUGUGAGGGUAUUGGUCAACGAGGGACCUGCGCUGGAUCAAGGAGGCAGCUCUGGCGACAGCGGCAGCGAAAGGGUCUCAGUGAUUAUGAAGAAACUGAAGACUGGCCUACGAAAAGAUGGCUUUGUCAUACCGAAAGGGAACGGGGAUAGAAUGUAUUGGAUAGAAAAAGAAGGGUCUGGAUAUGUUCCCUUGACUGAGGCCGCGAUACAGAAUUUGUUGUCGGGCAAGGCGACCUUGUGA